AACUACUAACUGAGGCGCCGCAGUGCCUUCUGGGAUUGCAAUGGCGAACCGGACUGUGAAAGAUGCUCAUAGCAUCCAUGGGACCAACCCGCAGUAUUUGAUCGAGAAAAUCAUCCGCACCCGCAUCUAUGAAUCCAAGUACUGGAAGGAAGAAUGUUUCGGGCUGACAGCGGAAUUGGUUGUGGACAAAGCUAUGGAACUGAAAUAUAUUGGUGGCGUCUAUGGUGGAAAUAUUAAGCCUUCACCAUUCCUUUGUCUGACCCUUAAGAUGCUUCAAAUUCAACCCGAAAAGGAUAUAAUUGUUGAAUUUAUAAAGAAUGAAGAUUUUAAGUAUGUCAGACUGCUGGGUGCAUUGUACAUGCGGUUGACAGGCUCAGCCAUUGAUUGUUACAAAUAUCUGGAACCACUCUAUAAUGAUUAUCGGAAAGUGAAGAGGCAGAAGAGAGAUGGAGAAUUUGAACUUAUUCACGUGGAUGAAUUUAUGGAUGAGUUACUCCAUGAAGAGCGAGUUUGUGAUAUUAUCUUGCCCCGACUUCAGAAACGCUAUGUGUUGGAAGAAGCAGAGAUGCUGGAUACACGAGUCAGUGCAUUAGAGGAAGAUAUGGAUGAUGUAGACACUAGUGAAGAUGAAGAUGACGAUGAUGAUAAGGGUGACAGAGUUCCAUCACCAGAGCCUCCACGACGAGGCUACCGUGAUCUUGAUCGGCCUCGAAGAUCCCCAUCUCCACGAUAUAGAAGAAGUCGAAGCAAAACACCAAGGCGAAGAAGCAGGUCCCCCAAGAGAAGGAGCCCAUCACCACGUCGUGAAAGACAUCGCAGCAAAAGUCCCAGGCGUCAUCGUAGUCGAUCUAGAGACCGUCGUCACAGAUCAAGAUCUAAGUCUCCAGGCCAUCACAGAAGCCACAGACAUAGAAGUCAUUCUAAAUCACCUGAAAGAUCAAAGAAGAGUCACAAGAAGAGUCGACGAGGAAAUGAAUGAAGGUGGUAUAUAACCACAAAUACACAUUUCCAGUGUGUCACAAGACCUAUGUGUAGAUAUGACUGAUAUAUUCUAGUCUUAUGUUGACAAUUUUUGUAUUUUUUGUUCAUUCUGAUUUUAAGAUGCAACAAUUCCACUUGACAUGAAAAAACUAUGGUAAAGCUGUUCUACAGCUUUCAAGAGCGGACAGAAGAUUGACAUUACCGCUAAUAUUUGUGAAUAUGUUGAGCGCUUUCUAAAGAAACUAUAGUUUUUAUUAGCGAUGAUUUAGGUGAAAUUUUGGUUGUAAAUAUGGAGCAAGUUCAUUGCUUAAUAACAUUUGGUAAACUUGAUUAUUAUUAGAAGUGAUGAAUAAAGCAAUGGUUGUACAAAGAUUUACUUGAGACAUGUUAUAUUCCAUUCUUAAGUCUACAAAUGUUAAAUGUCAAAGUUCAAACUGUUUCAAGAACCAAGAACAAAUACUGUGGAAAAAGUUAAUGCCAUAAAUGUCCUGUGUACUAAGGCACACUAGCAAUUGUGAAAACUAGCUGACCAAUCACAAUAUGAUUGUUGCUCAUUGGCAAAAUCCAGGUUAGGAAAGCAAAAAAACCUAUUAUUUCUUUUGGGAUGUUAGAAAAAUUUUGUAACUAUUUAAACCUUUUGUAUAUGCAUGCACAUUAAACCUGUCCAAAAGGCCACCUUUGUAUAUUGAGCAGUGAAGGUUCAAACCAGCAAUAAAUGAUCAUUCAAAUUUGAA